AUGCCGUGUACCGAUGAAUGCUCAGCAGACUCCGUACAGAGAGAACGAGGGUCGACGUCUGCCAUCAACAGCCUGCCAUUCGUCCACGAGGAGAUGUCCUUCCCUCUUCGACGCAACAGGCAAUCGGGCAGGCAGCAAGAGCAAGGGCAAGGGGAGGAAAUAAUAAGGCUGGGGGUUGAUGCGCUGGAGGAGGUUCCGUGGCGGGAGUGGUUCGCCGACGUUUCACGUGUUACGUGUACCGUUCACGCAGCCGUGAGGUCGCUGGGACGAUGCGAUGCGAUGCGAUGCGAUGCGAAUACAAACGAGGGGAUGAGCGCGCGGUAUUUGGCGCUCGAAGGGCAGGGCCGCAGGAUCACGAGGCCGUCCGGGCGAAGGCCAUGGAUGAUGGAGCUGCGAAACUUGAAUUUCGCCUGCCUGCAUCAUCAACACAAGCAGCUCGACAUGAAGGUGGACCCACGAGCUUUCUUGAUCCCGCAUCCACUAGAACUAAUCCCGUUUCUGCGCCGCCGUUUUAAUACAGACUGCAGUAUGGAGGUGGACCCGGAAGUCAGGAAAGAGCAGGCCAGGCAGGGCAGUCACGGUGGCGGCGGUGGAUGUCCGAUGAGACAGCGUGCUGCAGCCAUGGCAACUAGUACUAUCUCAUUAUGCAGCAAAACGGCGCGAAAGAAGGCUGUUCUUGCGCAAUCUGCCUGGCCGUUGCCAUUCGAUGCCACUCAGGCUUCAGCAAUUCCCCCAACGAUAUCACACGAUAUCACAUCAAUUGCCGUCAGCCUCUUCCAAGAAAAGACGCCGCUCACGGACCCUGACCGCGCAUGCGCAUGCCUUCUUCCAAGGCGCGAGCGCACACGCGCAAAUCUCUUUGCACCGCACAUCCACGUCGGCUAUCUGAGCACACACCCCGAUGAACACUCUCCCGGAGGUCAAACGUCAAUCGCGCCGCCACAACGCCCACCAACUCAUGGCCCACCUCAUACGACGCCUGGCUCACACGUGCCUGAACGGAGCGAUCAUGCCUGUGACACCUCCUAUUCUGCCACUGCCUUACUCACGGAGGUCCUCCACUUUCUGCGCUGUCUGAAAGACAGGGUCCAUCCUGUUGCAACAGAACACCGCCACCUGCCACCUGACGAACUUGAACACGACAACGAAGCAUUGACAGCCCUUUCGACGACAAGUGCAACUUUCAACACUGCUGCCGAACGUCGCUGCCCAGUGGCUAGUCAGUCUGAAUAUCGGCCAAGAUGGCUGGUCAGUGCUGCAGCCUCCAGACCGUCACCCUCAGACAACACAUCGUCCACCAGCAUUGCAUCGUCCUGCACAUCAGGCGAACUUCUGCCUUGCCUGCCUGUUGACAUGUCGCUUCGGAUGCAAGCCUCGCUCAAGCUUGUUAGCGAACGGCCUGUCCGGCUACUGAGCUCCUUCGCGCCAUGCUGGGCAGUAAAGACAGCCGUGCACGAAGGACUGCCUUCGCCGCCUCCGCAUGAUGCACACGCCAACAAGGCCGUCCACACUGAAACGCUGACUGACCACCCAAGAACGGCAAUAGCUUUUCAUUGCUGA